UCGGGGCCGCUGCUUUGUCUGUUUGUCGAGGCCAGCGGCUCGGAGCUUCGUCUUGGACCGGAGCGACGGGCCCGGGUCGCCGCCUCCACGCUCGGUUUUUUGAGCUGCAUUACCCUCCCCCACCGAAAUGUUUCUCUUUUGCAAUUCACCCGUCUGACUUCUGGAAGGCGUGAAGGAGCUCGGGGCGCCCGAGGAGAGGUUUGGUUUCGCCUGGUCUUAGUAUGUGAGAGGAGAAUCUCCAGAACGAAGUGAUUGGUGAUCGGCGGUUAUGUGGCUGUGCACACAUGUAAAAAAGUGCCCGAGCUCUACUUCUAAGAUUAGGGCUUGUGUGUAGGUAUUUUAUGCACGGGGUGUGUAAGGAAGGAGACAACUGUCGCUACUCACAUGACCUCUCCGACAGCCCCUAUGGUGUCGUGUGCAAGUAUUUUCAGCGAGGGUACUGUAUCUAUGGAGACCGCUGCAGAUAUGAACACAGCAAACCAUUGAAACAGGAAGAAGCAACUGCUACGGAUCCAACUGCAAAACCAUCCCUUGCUGCUUCCUCAAGUCUCUCAUCAGGAAUUGGACCACUUGUUGAAAUGAGUGCGGGCGAACCUGAGUUGAGAAAUUCAAACUUUGCGACUGUUGGGGCAGGUGCAGAAGACUGGGCGAAUGCCGUCGAGUUUGUCCCUGGGCAGCCCUACUGUGGCCGUACUGCCCCUUCCUGCACUGAAACACCCCUUCAGGGCUCAGUGACCAAGGAAGAGUCAGAGGAAGAGCAGCCCACCAUGGAGACCAGGAAGCAACUUUGCCCCUAUGCUGCGGUGGGAGAGUGUCGUUACGGGGAGAACUGUGUGUACCUGCAUGGAGAUUCCUGUGACAUGUGUGGGCUGCAGGUUCUGCACCCUGUGGAUGCUGCCCAGCGGUCACAGCACAUCAGAUCUUGCAUCGAGGCCCAUGAGAAGGACAUGGAGCUCUCAUUUGCUGUCCAGCGCAGCAAGGACAUGGUGUGUGGGAUCUGCAUGGAGGUGGUCUAUGAGAAGGCCAACCCCAGCGAGCGCCGCUUUGGGAUCCUCUCCAGCUGCGGCCACACCUACUGUCUCAGGUGCAUUCGCAAGUGGAGGAGCGCGAAGCAGUUUGAGAGCAAGAUUAUAAAGUCCUGCCCCGAAUGCCGGAUCACAUCUAACUUUGUCAUUCCAAGUGAGUACUGGGUGGAGGAGAAAGAAGAGAAGCAGAAACUCAUUCAGAAAUACAAGGAGGCGAUGAGCAACAAGGCGUGCAGGUAUUUUGAUGAAGGACGUGGGAGCUGCCCGUUUGGAGGGAACUGUUUUUACAAGCACGCCUACCCUGAUGGUCGUAGAGAGGAGCCACAGAGACAGAAAGUGGGAGCAUCGAGCAGAUGCCGGGCCCCACGGAGGAACCACUUCUGGGGGCUCAUUGAGGAAAGAGAGAACAGCAGCCCUUUUGACGACGACGAGGAAGAGGUGGUCACCUUUGAGCUGGGCGAGAUGUUGCUUAUGCUUUUGGCCGCAGGUGGGGACGACGACCUGACAGACUCGGAGGACGAGUGGGACUUGUUUCACGAUGAGCUGGAAGAUUUUUAUGACUUGGACCUAUAGCGGCGUGCGGCGGCGCAUGAACUGGUCUGCGCCUCGGCCAGUAGCUCUUCCCGGGGUGCGUGGCGGGGCCUGAGUGUCUCCCAGGCAGACCUGCCCGCUCCAGGUGCUCUUGUCGUCAUUCGUCCCCAGGGUCUGUCUUCUCUGCCCUCACCCUUACCCCCAGGCGUGUGUUGUUUUCUCUGUUUAAAAAAGUUAAAAAAAUAAAUCUUGAAGUUA